AUGAACAGGCGUCUUGCCUGUUUGACACUUAUUCUGCAGCCUUUGCCUCAACCCCAACAACCCCCUCCCCCACCCAACGGCGGCCUCCUCGCCUGGCUCCACGUCCACGGCGGCUUCGCCCUCUUCCUCAACACCUGGGGCCUACUGAACACCUUCGGCGUCUUCCAAACGUACUUCGCAACCAGCCACCCAAGCACCUCCCCAAGCGCCAUCGCCUGGAUCGGAUCCACACAAGCCACACUCCUCCUCCUCAUCGGCGCAAUCACCGGGCCCAUCUACGACCGGGGCCACCUGCGCUCCCUUUUAGUAUCUGGCACGAGUUGCAUAUUCCUCGGCCACAUCUUCCUCCGCCUAAGCACUGAAUACUACCAAGUCCUCCUCUCGCAAGGCAUUUUGAUUGGCCUCGGCGCCGGCAGCCUCUUCGUGCCCUGCGUCUCCGUACUCCCCAGCUAUUUCAGCACGCACCUCGGCCUAGCACUAGGGCUGGCCGUCUCCGGCUCCGCCGCGGGGGGCAUCAUGUACCCGAUCCUGCUGUACCGACCACUACCGCGGGUGGGGUUCGCGUGGUCCGUCCGGAUCAUGGGCUUCGUUUCGCUGGCCACGCUCGCCCUGCCCCUCGCCGUCAUGCAGCAACGAACAAAACCCCCGCGGGCGCGGGCGCUCCUCGACCGCGCGGCGCUCCGCGACCCCCACUACUGCCUCUGCGUUGGGGCGUCGCUGCUCGCAUUCAUGGGCCUAAAAUUGGCGUUCGAUAUCGUGCCCAUCCUCAACGCGGCCUCGUGUUUCGGGCGCACGGUCCCGAACGCGUUGGCGGAUUGCGUGGGCCCGUUGAAUUUGAUUGCGCCGUGUUGUUUGGUCGUCGCGGGGUGUUUGUUUACUAUGGUCGGGGUGGACGGGGUGGCGGGGUUCUUUAGUGGGGCGUUGAUCGGGUUGCCGCCGUUGUCUCUUGUCUGUCUGACGAAGGAGAGAGCCAUGAUUGGGACGAGGAUGGGGAUGGGGUUUGGGGUGAUUGGGCUGGGCGUGUUGGCGGGCGGUCCGGGGGGUGGGGCGAUUCUGGGGGAUGGUUCCGAAAAAUUGGAUUGGACGGGGCUGUGGGUGUUUGGCGGGGUGAGUGCGGGGGUUGGGGGGUUGUUUUAUGCUAUUUUACGCUGGUUGAGGGGGGGUUGGGGGUGA